UGGAAGUACGAUACCAAUUGAUAGGCUUUACUGUGCAGAUAACAUACCAAAGCUGCACACGCAGGCGCAUGAUUUUCUUGUCUGAGCAAUAGAGUAAUAGAGUGAGGUCGAGUGAAGAGACGAGUGAUUGGUUGGUUGGCGCUAACUAGGUCAGGGUGCCCCACCAGAACCGUAGGCGGUGGGACAAUUUUCUUUGCGAAGGCCGACUUUGACCUUUCCUCUCUCCCUCUUCCCCAAACCGCACUUCAGACACCCAAAGCAAUCAUGAAGUACGUGCUCGUGUCUGGAGGUGUCAUCAGCGGCGUGGGGAAGGGCAUUAUAGCCUCGUCGACAGGUCUGCUGCUCAAGACGAUUGGCCUCAAGGUCUCCUCGAUCAAGGUCGACCCCUACCUCAAUGUCGACGCGGGAACAAUGAACCCGAAGGAGCACGGCGAAGUCUUUGUCCUGUCCGACGGCGGCGAGGUUGACCUCGAUCUCGGUAACUACGAGCGCUACCUCAACAUCACCCUGACGCGCGACAACAACAUCACGACGGGCAAAAUAUACCAGCACGUCAUCGAGCGCGAGCGCAAGGGCGACUACCUGGGCAAGACGGUGCAAGUCGUACCCCACAUCACCGACGCGAUUCAGUCGUGGAUUGAACGCGUCGCGCGCGUGCCUGUCGACGACACCAACGAGGAGCCCGAUGUCUGCAUCAUUGAGCUGGGCGGCACCGUGGGCGACAUGGAGAGCGCGCCCUUCAUCGAGGCCAUGAGUCAGUUGAGGCGCCGCGCGGGCAAGGACAACUUCAUGCAGAUUCACGUCUCGUAUGUGCCCGUCAUCCACGGGGAGCAGAAGACGAAGCCGACGCAGCGCGCCAUCAAGGAUGUGCGCAUGGCUGGUAUGAUUCCGGAUCUGAUUGCCUGUCGCUGCGAGGGCGAACUAGACGCCUCGGCCAUUGAGAAGAUUGCCCACUUCUGCCAGGUUGAGACGGAGCAGGUUGUAGUCGUGAAAGACAUGCCCUCCAUCUACCAGGUCCCUAUGCUCCUCGAACAGCAGAAGCUGAUCCCCAUGGUACGACAAUUCCUCGCCCUUGAUCAAAUCACCGUAGCUCCUGCCAUGACCGAUAAGGGCCGUCAUACCUGGGCUCAAUGGCAAUCACUCACUGGCCAUGAUACCCGAUUCCACGACUCCGUCACUAUUGCUCUCGUUGGAAAAUACGUAGAGUUACAAGACUCCUACCUGUCCGUCAUCAAGUCCCUGGAGCACGCGACGAUGCGCUGCCGCAAAAAGCUGGACAUCCGCUGGGUCGACUCGGACCACCUCGAGCCCAAAUGCCAAGUGUCGAAUCCCGCAAAAUACCACGACGCCUGGCACAAGGUCGUCCAAGCCGCGGGCAUCCUCGUUCCCGGUGGCUUUGGCCAGCGUGCCACCGAAGGCAUGAUUGCCGCCGCAAAAUGGGCCCGCGAGAACAAAAAGCCCUACCUCGGCAUCUGCCUGGGCAUGCAAAUCGCCGUCAUCGAGUACGCGCGCAACGUAUGCGGCAUCUCGGACGCAACGUCUGAAGAAUUCGACGGCCAGGCCGCCAACAAGCUCAUCAUGUUCAUGCCCGAAGUCGACAAGACCACCAUGGGCGCCAGCAUGCGUCUCGGGCUGCGCCCCACGCUCUUCCAGCCCGGCAGCGAGUGGUCGCGCCUGCGUGCCCUGUACGCGGGCAAAGACACCAUCCUCGAGCGCCACCGCCACCGCUACGAAGUAAACCCAGACUACAUCGCCACGCUCGAAAAAGGCGGCCUCAGCUUCGUCGGCAAAGACGAGGCCGGCGUCCGCAUGGAAGUCAUCGAAAUCAAAGACCACCCCUGGUUCGUCGCCGUCCAGUUCCACCCCGAGUACCUCUCUCGCGUCCUCGAUCCCAGCCGUCCGUAUCUCGGCUUCGUUGCUGCGAGUGCUGGUAUGCUGGAGGAGAUUACGCGCGAUUACCAGCAUGGGAGUGCGAGGUCUGUCGAGGGGAUUACGAAUGGCGUUGAUGGGAUAAAGGGGUCGAGUAUGUUUUAGAGAUGGGAUGACGGUAGGUAUAGGUUUAUGAGUGAAUUCGAGAUGAGGGGCUUUAUACGGUUAUGUUUGGAUGAUUUGGGUUGGAUUUCGGGUACUCAUGGAGUUGAGGUGGUGCGGUUUGAACUGGACUGAUUGAUCCGGUGAUGGUAGAAUUUAUAUCAUGACU